ACGCACUUCCUUCCCUUGCUCUUUCCCUUCUCUUGUUCGGCUGCGCGCAAAAUGGCGGAUGACGCGACUUAAGCCUCGUCGUCGAUUCAUGCCUCCUUCGUGAUACCCUCAUUGUGUCUGCUGCCCCCUUUUUUCCACUCCCCUCCCUUCCCCCUCCUCCCUCCCUCCGGGUUUAUAUCCCCUCCCCUCGCUCCGUCGCCUCUCCACCCCCCGAGAGGCCAUCCCGAUGUCGAAGAGGCGGCUGUUUCGCUGGCCUGCCCGCCGCACCGCCGGCCUGGGAUGUCUAGCACUACUGGUCACCUCGGUGGUCUCAUGGUAUCUCUAUGGCGGACAGCCCGAAGAGCCCCAGCCAGUCCCCCAAAUCCAGCCCGACACCGACCACGAAAUUGUGACUUCCCAACUGGCCGAAAUCACCGCGACUUACAGUAACGCAACGAAUGAAAUUGGGCUCGUAUUAGCGGCCACCGUCAGAGAAGACCUCACCUGGCUCCUCAAUUACUGCAAGGACCACGGCACAAUCCCCUUCAUCUACACGACCGACGAACCCCCCGCCCCGCACCUCCUCGUCCCUCGUACGAUCCGCGGCCGCGAAGCCGCCGCCUACCUCUCCUUCGUGGUCGACUUUUACUCUCAACUUCCCAAGUACACCAUCUUUAUCCACUCCAACCUCGAUCAAUGGCACAAUGAUCUCUUCGGCACGCACACCAGUCCGGCACUGAAGAACCUCCGACUUGAGGCUGUCGACGCGCAGGGGUACGUGAACCUGCGAUGCGAGCACAACCCAGGAUGUCCGACAAGCGUGCAUCCCUGGAACCCGACACAGAUCGACAUUGAGAAAGACGACAUUCGCGCAUACUUCCCCCAGGUGUAUCAGACGUUGCUGAAUGUACCGCUGGAUCAAGUGCCCGAGCAUAUCGGAAAUGUGUGUUGCGGUCAGUUUGCGGUCAGUCGGGAGCGGAUUCUGCAGCGCCCGCGCGAGGAUUACGAGCGGAUGUUGCGGUGGGCGGAAGAGACAGAUCUGACGGACAGCUUUGGAGUUGGUUGGGUGUACGAGAAAAUCUGGCAUAUCAUUUUCGGAAUGGACAUGAUAUAUUGUCCCCGGUACGAGCAAUGCCGGUGUGAUACAUACGGAUGGUGUGGACCGUUGGCGUCGGGCGAGACACUGCAGGCAGUGCGAGCGAAGUCAUAAUUUAAUGGGAUGAUUGUUAAUGCAUGAUGUAUACUAUCAUGAUUGGGGAUAUCAGGAUGCAUUAUUGGUUUGGUUUGGUUUGAUAUGAUUCUUGAUCUAAUUGUACAGUUAGAUGUUCUUUAAAUUCUUGGAACUAUUGACGUCCGUUCAGGUAUAUACCAUAAAUCUAGUUUAUUUCGCAGGGAGUAUCAUUCCAUCAUUCUUCCCGUCAUGCAGGAGAUCCGUUGCUACUCAUGAUUAAUAGGCUGCUGAUGCGUCCCUCGCACGGGUCCAGCAUCCAA